GCGAGAAUACCGCCGCUUCAAACGUAAAAUGCUGUCUUUGUCGUAAACUAGGGUCAAGACAUAUAAACAAAACAAUAGAGCAAACUGCGCGGAUUCAAAGUCUAAAAUAGAUUUACUGGGGCGUCGACGUGUUCGAAGGCAAUGGCAGCGUCUUCUUCGUCGUCCUCUGCGGGAGGUGUGAGCGGCAGCUCGGUGACUGGCUCUGGAUUCAGUGCUUCAGAGCUCAUCCCUCCAAGAAAAGUCCUGUACACAUAUCCUAAAGGCGCAGGUGAAAUGAUGGAAGAUGGCUCUGACAGGUUUUUAUGCGAGUCUGUAUUCAGCUACCAAGUUGCCUCCACACUAAAACAGGUUAAACAUGAUCAACAAGUGUCUCGAAUGGAGAAACUUGCGAGCUUGGUGGAGGAGCUGGAAGCAGAUGAGUGGCGGUAUAAACCAAUUGAACAGCUAUUGGGAUUCACACCAUCUUAGAUAAAAAAAAAAAAAAAAAAAAAAGACCCAGAUGCCUUUGGAUAAUAAAUCAGCCAAGUAGAAGAAAAAGGUUUAUUUCACUUCAUAAAUUGUAUUCCUUCUUUAUGGGUUUAUUCUAUA